AUGAAUGAGAACAAGGUAUCACUUCAUCCAGAGCAGAAGAAAUGGAAGGCACCUAAAGGUCCCAAACCAGUGCACCACAAGAACAAGAAUCUUAUUGGACUUGGUCGUACAAUUGCAAACCAAAGAUCUAAGGAAAAUCAAAUACAAUACCUUCCAGAUGGUGAGAUGAGAUUUACCACUGACAAGAAGGAUCCUAAUUGGGUCAAGUUGAGAUCGGUGACUCAGGAAAACUCGUUGGACGAAUUUUUGAGUACUGCCCAAUUGGCGGACACUGAUUUUACAGCUGAACGUAGUCAACAAGUCAAGAUUAUCAAAGUUGGUAAUACUAAUAUUGUCAACCAGAACGGUCUCUUAACACAAGAUGAGAUGUUGGCAAUGAGACAAAAGCAUAUGAUGUUUGAAAACAAAUUAACUAUUCCAAGGAGGCCGAAAUGGAAUAAGCUGCAAAGUAAGCUUGAGAUAGAGAGACAAGAAAACUUGGCAUUUUUGUCAUGGAGGAGAGAUUUAGCAGCAUUAACUGAGAAUAACGAUUUGUUGUUGACUCCGUUUGAAAGAAAUUUGGAAGUUUGGAGACAAUUAUGGAGAGUUGUAGAAAGAUGUGAUUUGGUGGUGCAAAUUGUUGAUGCACGGAAUCCAUUAUUCUUCAGAUCGGUGGAUUUGGAAAAAUAUGUUGAGAGCUUCAAUCAAGCCGGGGAUGAGAAUAAGCAGAAGCGAAACCUUCUUUUAGUCAACAAAGCGGAUUUGUUGACUCGGGAUCAAAGAAUUGCAUGGGCAGACUUUUUCAAGAACAAGGGAAUCAAUUAUGUAUUUUUUUCUGCGGCUAAGGCCAAUGAGCUUUUGGAAAAGGAAAGAGAAGAAGCAGAACAACGAUUAGAGCAGCAAAGGGAACUGGCGACAACCCAAGCAUCUACUCUGUCUUCCUCUUCUUCUUCUUCUUCCUCGUCAUCAGCAAAAGCAUCAAUGAAACCAGCUGCUCAAAUUGAAAAUCGUGGUGGUAAAGUAAAAUUGGACGAAAUAUCCGACGAAGCAGCCAACUAUUCGUCUAUAAAUGAUAAUGACAUUGGAGAAGACGAAGCUAUUAGAAUAUUGAAGAUCGAGGAACUUGAAGAACUUUUUAUGACAUCUGCUCCAAAAUUCGAACAAGACCCUGAAUACCCAGACCGAAAAUUGCAAAUUGGACUUGUUGGUUACCCAAAUGUUGGUAAAUCUUCUACGAUCAAUGCUUUAAUUGGAUCUAAAAAGGUUUCAGUUUCUUCUACUCCUGGUAAGACAAAACAUUUCCAAACUUUGCACCUCACUCCUGAAGUUCUUCUUUGCGAUUGUCCUGGUUUAGUGUUUCCUAACUUUGCUUACACGAAUGCGGAAUUGGUUUGUAAUGGUGUGCUUCCCAUCGACCAGUUACGUGAGCACAUCCCACCAAUCUCUUUGGUUUGCCAGCGUAUCCCCAAAUUUUUCCUUGAAGCAGUCUAUGGUAUCCAUAUCCCAAUUCAAAAGGUAGAAGAUGGUGGAAAUGGAGAAUAUCCAACUGCGCGCGAGCUUCUUAAUGCAUAUGCAAGAGCUCGUGGUUACAUGACACAGGGAUUUGGUGCGGCUGAUGAGCCAAGAGCAGCAAGAUACAUUUUGAAGGAUUAUGUCAAUGGUAAACUACUAUACGUCAACCCGCCACCAGUAAUGCAAGAUGAUGGAGCUUGGCAUUUGCUUGAUUUGCAGCAGCUGCGAAAGUUCAACAAGGAGUUAUAUACAUUAAACCACUUACCCGAGUCUAGACAACAACAGAUUGUACAUGCCAUGCAUGCAAAGAGUAUACCAAUUGACAAAUUCGAUUUGCAAAAGGACCUAUCUAGAUUAAACUUUUCUAUGCAUAUCGGUGGUAGUGCUAGUGGUAAUCUUGUUGGAGGCGAAGGUGAACUUGGUGGUGAUGAAUCAUCCGUUGGGUCGCAAGGUCAAGCAAAGACCUUAUUCUAUGGUGGUAAACAGGCAAAGUUGGAAAGUGCUGGUGAUGAACUUGAUGAGGAAUUUUUUGCAAUGAACAAUGUCGAGGGUAAGUUGAACACCCCAUUCCAUAAAAAGCUUAUAAGUUUGCCUACAAAAGCUGAUAAGAAGCACAAUAAAAAAAACAAGAAGCAAGAAAAGAAACAUAGAGUUGUGGGUUAUUAG